UGAACCGUGACUCGCGUGUUUUUGUGAUGUUUCCCUCGUUUGGGUUAUUUUCUGCUGCAGCAUGUCCGUUGUUCAAAUAUGGAUUUUGUAAGCGGCCUUAUUGUUUGUUCAAACAUACCCCAGAAGAUGCGCUCGGUGCCUCGAACAAACUACCGAGAAGUGAUUUUACAGGUGUCCAAAAUGGGUCUUCGUCUGCUGUCUGUGGAAGCUUCCAGGAGCUGGAGCGACUUGACAAAGAGAUUGAAACUGUGAAGCAUGAAGUGGAAGAAGAGCAGAAAAGACUGUCACUCUAUCAGACAGAACAAACUGAUAGCAAGAACACUGCACAGAAAUACAGCACAACUUUAAAGUCUCCUAGAGUCUGUAAAAACGCAGAGGGUUUGUAUAGCCAGCAGUCAUGCACAAGUUUGAGUGAAACGGAUUCUGGAGCAAGGAAGUAUGUGGUUGACAAUUCCAAACCAAGGACUGACUUAGAAUAUGAUCCUCUGUCUAACUUCUCUGCUAAUCUACGGUCUUACAGUUCAUCUGGUAAAAUGAAAAGUCGACAAAGCUUGAAAAGAACAAGGGAUGUUGUGUGUGAUGACAAAAACAAGCCACCUGCAUGCCAGGCACGUCAUCCUCAAACAUCUCCAGACCUGCUCGAUGAUUCGAAUGAAGAUUGUGUCCUUAUUAUUGACAUACCUCAUUCACCUGAUAAAAAGAGAGCGCAAUUUGACAAGCCCCUGAACGCGAUGGGAGAACUUAAGGACAAAUCAGUAGAAAUGCUGGCUGUGGAUGACAAAUUGCCUUCAAAACUUGCUGAAAUAAAUGGCAGUGUUGGACUUGAUAAAAGUUUAACUGAUGCCCUGAGAUGGAAACCUCAAAAAGCUACUUGUGUUCAGCUUGAGGAAAUGGUGGCAGUGAAAAAUCCUGAACUUGGUGCAGGUGUUCCUGCCAGUAGAGACUCUCCAGAAUUCAACCUGGUGAUUGAAGAGGAAGGGUACACCCUUAAUGUUGAAAUGGCUCAGUGUGAGAUCCUGUGUAGUGCAAAGAAAGUGAGUCCAGUGCAGCAGACUCUUGCACCAAAUAAAUCACCAGCUGUGAACUCAUUGUGCUCGGGCACACAACACACUGUGCAAACUCUGAAAAAGGAGCAGUCUACUCUGAACACUGGUACUUCUAACUGGUCUACAGCACAGGAUGCACAGUCAGGACUGGCGCUUCAGCAAGAAUCAAGGAAAUUGCAGAGUAAAAGUGCUGUUUUCCCCACAAAACCUCAUGGCUGUGUGGCAGGAGCAGAAUCUGGCAGCUGCUCAGCUGCAUCUAGCAUGGAACAUUUGGCAGAUGAUGCAGGACUACUGGCUGCAGUAUCAGAGGAGAAAGCAGAAAAUGUUAUUAUAAUUGACUCCAGCUCAGAGGAAGACCUGAAUUGUCAUGACUCUGACCUGGAGAUGUCAGAAAGUGACACAAUGGAAGAAUGCUACAGGAUCUUUAUGGAGGCAAACGCUGAGAACAACAGUGCAGAGCAGGCCAACGUGUCAGAGAGCACUGUGACUGUGGAUCCUUGGGAGGAACGUGUGAAACCCCAGCCUUUGACGGCAAAGAAAAGGGUGGCUCAUGAAGUCAAACACACAGAGUUACUUGCCAGAAAAAGAACUCAGCCCCAGGUGCUGGUUCCCCUGUGUAGUCAGUCUGUUCAAGGAUUGGCCCCUCAGCCCUCUGUCCCUACCAGGAUCCAGCAAAUACAGCAGAGUGCCUCCAUGUACACCGCAGCUGUUAAGAGUGGACAGGCUGUUUCAGCUAGUCUUCAGAAGAAACAAGAGGCUCGGGCUGUGAUAGCUCCUCAGUGUCAACCUUCAGUAAGCAAGCCCACUCCUCUAACAAAAGCGUAUGUCAACUACAUACCUUUGGGAACUGCUGUGAUUGGAGUUGGAAACAAUGUGCACUUGAUCCUUCCAGAAGGCGCCUUUCCUCUGCCUGCGACUUCAAGUUCUGCUUCUGUUGCGUCUGUGUUAAGUCCCAUCAGUCAAGUGCACAUGAACCCUGUCUCUUCAAAACAAACGCACUACCCACCUGCACUUUCCACAGUGCACAGAUCCCACACGACACCACCUCUGAUCAUUCCUGCUCUGGCACGCAAGCCCGCUGUCUCUGUUGUGGCAUUGGCACACUCGCAGCCAGCCCCGCCCACUGCCCCUCCUCAGGCACCCCAAACCGCUACUAAGUUACAAAAUAAGCAGAAAAUGAAGCGGCAACAGAGUGAGGCGACUAAAGACAAAGUUCCCCGUGACAUCAGACAGCGUUACGUGAACAUGUUUACAGAAGAGUUCCUGAAAACUGCAACCUCUGUCAAGGAUGCCUUUGAAAAGGCUCUCACUGAAGAGAGGACGGUGUAUAAUCGCAGUAUAAAUAAACUUAAAUACUUGAGUGCUGCAGUUAAUGCAUUGAAGAGGUUGAAGAGCCAAAGUGUGACUGCUGCUAAAGAUGAAAGUGACAUAAAAGGCGAAAGAUCCAAAGGCUGUGUUCCGCUUAAUGUGAAGAAGCUCAAGAGAAGCGGUGACGUGGCACUGUUUGAGAGUUUAAAAGAUUAUAUUUUGACUGAGGAAAUGCUGAUUGAGAACAACUAUCCUCUGCAGCACCCAGAGAAACCUGCUGCUGCUGUUCUGUUUAUUGAUAAUAAAGGAAACACUGAUCCCCACAAGAGGAUCUGCUGUCGAUGUGGGGCGACAUACUCUGUGAGCCAAACUGGGAAACACAUCCGUAAGGAGGAGUGCAACUACCACUAUGGCAAAGGAGUGGAGAACAGAGUACCAGGUGGUGUGGAGACCCGCUACAGCUGCUGCCAGGGAGUCAUGGGAACACCUGGAUGUCAAGUCUUUAAAUUGCAUGUCCAUGAUUCUUUCAACAUGGGUGGCUUUGUGUCUACUCGCACAAGAGAUUCUUCAGAUACAACCUGCCCUGGCGUUUACGCUAUAGACUGUGAAAUGUGUUAUACUAUUCAAGGUUUGGAGCUAUCAAGAGUGUCUGUGGUCAACUCCAGUCUGAAUGUUGUCUAUGACACCUUCGUGCAACCAAGCAAUGAGGUCAUCGACUACAACACAAGGUUUUCAGGAAUCUGUGAGGAGGAUAUGAUGGGUAAUCAUGUCUCACUGAGAGAGGUCCAAGAGACCUUGCUGACCUUCAUCAAUGCUGAUACUGUUCUGAUUGGACAUGGCCUGGAAGCUGACCUCUGUGUCCUUAAGUUGCUACAUAAGACAGUGGUGGAUACGUCAGUGGUUUUUCCCCACCGUAUGGGUCCCCCCUACAAGCUGACCCUCAACAGCCUCACUGCAGAUUACCUCAGAAAGAUCAUCCAAGAGAGUGUUUGUGGCCAUGACACGGCUGAGGAUGCUGCUGCCUGCAUGGAGCUUAUGCUAUGGAAACUCAAAGAAGAUGGAAAACUGAAAAAAUAACUGGAAAUUAAUAUCCCGAUUGUACACACAUGAAAGCACAAAUCCAAAUCAUAUUAAACUUUCUUUUUUGUUGUUGUGCUGGCUCACUGAAUAUUUUCAGAUAAAAAUGGGAGGGUGGUGGAUUUGAGUUGAAUUGAAUAAUAUUUAUUUUGACUGUGGGCUAUUUGGAGCAGAGGUCACCAACCCAAUGCAUGGAGAUCACCUGACCUGCAUAUUUUCCAUGUACCUGUUGCGACUGCACCUGAAUGAUUGCCAAAGGUGUUUCCAAGCAGUUGAUUGUCUUAGCACACCUGACUUGAUGAGCAGGGAGAAUUGCAGGUGAUCUCUGGGAGCGUCAGUGGUGACUUAAGUG